UACGAAACAAUCAACCUUGCCCUAUUCUCUUGAAAUUUGGCGCUUAUUUUCUGCCUUUUGAGUUUGACACCUUCUUUCUCUAGAAUAGUGGAGGAAGUAGAAGGAAGAGAGACAGUAGAGAAACGAAGCGGAAUUGAAGUCUGAAGAUGGUGUUUCUUCACAAUAAAGUCCCUUCUCGUAAAAGACCGUCCUCUUCUUCCUCAACCGUUCCCCCUUUCCCUCCUCCCAAAAUCCCCAAAGCCACAGUAACAACACCAACACCAACACCAACAUUUGACAAAAUGGUGUCGAUUCUUGCGGAGGCCGGCUGUACUCUCCUCAACCCCGCUGGUCCACCAUGUCUCCCCUCCCAACCCCACAAGUUCCGCAGCCACCUCCACCGCCUCUUCUCUUCUCCCGAUGUCCGCUCCGAUUUCCUCUCCGCUUUCUCUUCCUACAUUCAUUCUCCUCAUCAUCUUCGCAGGGUUCUCACCCCUACGAAUAAUUAUGAUGGUUUUGGUUCGACCAGAAGCAAGAGUUUAGUCCAGCAUCUCUUGCUGGUCCCCUCUAUCCAGCUAGACCUUCAAAGCAUGCUUCUCGAGAAGCUUCCGGAAUAUUUUGAUUUGAAUGCAGAACAUUCUGGAACACUUGUAGAUGAUAUUGCUAGGCUUAUUGUUAAUCAGUUUCGGUGGCUUGAUUUCAUUGUUGAUUCCAAUGCCUUUGCUAACAAAUUGAUGCAAGUCCUUUCGAUUUGCCCUCCAAAUUUAAAGAAAGAGAUCAUUGGAUCAUUGCCAGAGAUUAUUGGCGAUCAAAACAAUAAGACUGUGGUUGAUUGCCUGGAACAAAUGCUUCAAGAGGAUUCGGCUAUCAUUGUGCCAGUGCUUGACUCUAUUUCGAACCUUAAUUUGGAUGAACAGUUGCAAGAACAGGUCAUCAGCAUUGCAUUAUCAUGCGUCAGAGUGAUUGAUGCGGAGCACAUGCCAUAUCUGCUUAGAUUUCUGCUGCUAUCAGCGACACCAGUAAAUGUUUGGAGGAUAAUCUCGCAGAUUCGUGAGCAGUUAAAAUUUGUUGGUGUAUCAAAUUCUCGUGCAUCACAACACAGUAAAAUCAAAGGAAAGUCGCUUGUAAACAACACAGAGGCUUCAAUUCUUGAUGCCCUAAGAUCAAGUCUCCGAUUCAAGAAUUUACUCUGUCAGGAGAUUUUGAAACAACUGAACUGCCUUGAGAAACCUCAGGAUCACAAAGUCAUUGACAUAUGGCUGCUUAUGCUCAUUUAUAGUAACGGUGAGUCCCUGCAGAAGAGCAUAGUAAAAAUGUUCAAGAAAAAAAUUAUUGAAGAUUGCAUUCAGACAGUUAUGCUUGAUCAGUGCAUUUGUGGAAACAAGGAAUUAGUGAAGGAUUAUUUCCCGUUGUUUCUUUCGUUGUCCGAGUGCCUGUUGGCUUGCAAAGAACAAAAAGCAAGGGAGUUUGGAAUUCACAUGUAUACUUGUCUGUUUGAAGAGUUCAUAGAUAUUUACUCAAGGCAGGAAGUUUUAGGUGCACUAGUUACUCAUGUUGGAUCUGGUGUUACUUCCGAAGUACAGUCUGCAUUGGAGACUAUGACUCUGCUGGCCUCCAAAUUUGCACAAGAUUUGAUUCCUCUUUCUUCUCAUAUAACUGGUAUUUUGGACUACUUGGAUGGAUUUAGUGUUGAAAAUCUGCACAAGGUUUAUGAGGCUUUUAGCCAUUUGGCACUUUCAGCUCGAUCAAGUGCAAAUUCAUAUGGAUCUUCUAUUGCAAAUAAACUAUUGAUGAUAAUAAGGAAGCAGGUAAGCAAUCCAGAUCUGAAGUACAAGAAGAUGGGUUUAAUCGGAACUCUACAGAUAGUUUCCUGCUUUGGAGAUGCAAAUAGUGUUUGUCGUGCAUCUGCAUCUCAGAAGUCAAACUGUGAAGAGGCUUUGGAACUCUUGAAUACAUCUCUGGACUCUUGCAAACAGUCGCCCUUACCUUUGAUUUUGUUUUAUGAUGAAUUGAAUGUAAUGUUGGCCAAUAGAACUCUUCAUCCAUCAAUUAUGGAAUGGGUUGGGAAACAAGUAGGAGAGUUCGAAUCUGUUUUUUUGUCUGAUCUUGAAAGUGGAAAAUUGCCUUUUAAGGAACCAUAUUUUGGUUUAGAAGGUGAAUUGUGGAUGAAUUUGGAUGGUGAUAUAUCUCCUGUUUGUUUGAACAUUUUGCCACUGGUUUCCUCUUCGAUGCAGUCAUCUUCUUUACAGAUUCUUCCUGCUAACUUCCUUAUACUAUCCACUAUUGAGAGGUUGACAAAUCAAGGAUCCCUUGGAGGAAUUGAUGCAUUACUUGGCUGCCCUUUGCACCUUCCUUCCUCAAAGUACUUCUCUGGAGCUGGUUGGAAGUCUUUGGCAGAGAAGCAAAAACAAAUUGUGUGUCUAUCUCUCUAUUAUGCAGCAAAUUGGAUACGGGAACUGCUCAAUGCCUUCUGUACACAAGUAGAGGGAAGAAUUACAUGUACAAGUCAAGCUACAAAAGAGGAUACUGUUUUCAAGCUAUUGAAGCGUUUGAGGAACCUUGUAUUUCUGGAGAUCUUGUUGAACAAUUCCAUUGAAGGGUGCUCUAUAUCUCUACCUGAGCUUCAUUUUUAUGUUGAUCAUUUUGGAUCUCCACUCCCAAACCGACAUAUGGGGCACAUUGAAAAGAGUAAGCAUCAGAAAGCCCAAGACAGCAACAUACAAAAAAACAGGAGACAUAAAAAGACAUCGAAGGUCUCAAGUUCAGAUGCUAAUGAAAAACUCAGGCAGCCAACAAUAUUGGAUGCUUUUAAGAAAGUGGGAGUUGUGACUAGCCAAGAGGUGCCAAAUAAGGAGUCUUUGGCUUCAAAUUCACAAGGAAGGGCAUCUAAUUCAGCAAAUCAAAACUUCUGUGACUCUAGUGAGCCUGAUAUUAUAGAAGUUUCUGCAGUUGCCAAGGCUCUGGAAGUGCAGAGAUUCAAAUUCAGGCCCCUUCUGGUUCAAUGCUUUUCCAUUUUGGCAUUUUCAGAGAAUCAAGGUUCCUGUUGCUCUGAUCCUGCUGCAGAGUUUCCCCUAUAUCUAUACCUCCUCCGGGAUCUUCACUACAAGCUAAAUUGUUUCACUCCGGGCAAACAAUUCUUGGCUAGAAGCUUGAGUCCAUCAGCUGGUUUCACCAGGAUGACAGUGGAUGAAUUCAUGAGCAAAAUUAGACCACUUUUUCCAAGUAUUAAGAAGCAUUUUAAACGUGUAGUUUGUUCACUGAAAGAAAGUGAUGAAACUUGUCAAGAACAUUGGAAAGUUCAAUCUGCUUCUGCUAAGAACCCAGAUGUAUCCAAUCUUGUGCUUUCAAGAUCCGCAGUUUCUACAUUGGUUUUCAAGGAAACACUUUGUUGUUUCAGUAAGAUGCUAAAUCUUCCUGCUAUUCAGAGAGAAAAGCCAGUUCUCUCUGAUCUUCUUGAAGCCUUCCAGCCCAACAAAAUACCGGAUAGUGUUUUAUCAGACAUACAGCCCAACAUUUUGCCUGGGACUUUAGAAUAUUUAUAUCUAGGCGCUUAUUCAUAUAUAGAAAGUGUCUUGAACACAGUGUGCUCUUUUUCCUUUACUCUGGCAUCAGAAUCUCUUCUUACUCUAGAAUCUAUUGUAAACUCAUUCCAGAAUAUUCUGGAUAAGUUGGAGGAAAAUGGUAAAAUCACACACUCAGAAUGUAUCCAGGGGGUUCUUCCUGCAUUGCGCAGCAGACUUGGAGCAUCUGCUCAGAAGCUUUUAAGGCAUAACUGGGAUAACAGCCAACUUGAGAGUGGUUGGAAGAGCAGAGGAGAAAUUAUACAGAAAAUGUUGCACAUUUACUUGGAAAACAGUGAAUCAACUUCUGAUUUGCUGGAUGAACUAGCCUGCGAUAUCUUGCCUCAGGUUUCCCAAACUAAGGAAGGGGCUGAUCAUCAUGGUUUCCCAACUUUAUGUUCUGCAACAUUUGUUUUAUGGUACCGGGUACUGCAUGAAGUAAAUCUUACUAUUCUUAACAAAUUGGUCAAGGAAGUCAUUCUUUUAGAGAAACCCAGAGCUGGUGUUCAAGUUCAAACCGUUGAAAAACUAUUGAUCAAACUACGACAGUCUGUGAACGUAGUUGUAUCAUUAGUUAACAUGUGCAGAACUCACCAUAAGGUAACUGUGCAUGCCAUGGCUGUCAAGUAUGGUGGGAAGUUUGUCGACUCUUUUCUGAAAGUUUUUGACUUCUUGCAGGCCCACUUCAAUAUGUUCAAUGAGCUUAUAAUCCAAUUGGUGAGAGAUCUUCAAAAGGCCACAAGAACAAUUCAAGCCCUAUGUUCUGAAGCAAAGGGCUUGAAACAAACGGUUAUCACCAGCAAAAUCCCUGCUACAAAGAGAUCUAUGGAACGUUUCUUGUUCUGUGUGAAGGCUCUUCUCCAUACAACAUCAAGUGGAUGCUCUUUCUGGAUGGGGAAUCUAAAGCAUAAAGACUUGAUGGGUCAGGUGGUGAGCUCCCAGGCAUAUGCAGACGAUCAAGAUAAUAAUGAAGAAAAUUCAACAGAAGCUGCUGAUGAUGAUCUACCUGCCACAGUUGCCAGUGAAGAGGAAGGAGAAGCCGAGUGAACGUGACAAGUGCUUGAUUGAAGCUAAAACAAACUGAAUUUGGGGUAGUAUAACACUAAUGAAUUAAUCAUGCAAUCCUGGUGUUGUCUUUUUUUUUUGCUAGGGUAUCCUGGUGUUGUCUUAAUGCAACAUGACUUGGGAAAAAAGGGCUAUAGUAAAAUACGGUAGGGGCAAAGUAUGGUAAGUGUACAGAUGCAUAUCAUUCAGCUUCUUUUAACAAAAGCAUAUGUGAAAAUAUGGAAACGACAAAGAUUGGAAAUGAGUAUAUAUUAUUAUAAUAUGAUUGUUUUGGAAAA